AUGGAGUCCAGCACAGUCCUCCAUGUUUGGCCAAACCCCACGUUUGAAGGAGACACCCUGACUCUGAAAUGCCAGGGAAAGGAGAACUCAGCCCUGUCCUGGGUGAAGUUCUGCAAUAAUGGAAAGUUUCUCCAUUUCUCUAAGGACAACCAGCCUCUGACCAUACGGACAGCAACAGUGAGGAGCAGUGGCCGGCAUGGCUGCACUAGGGAGGUGACGUACACCCUACAUGGGGGCAGACAAACCUCAUGGAUGGCCGUGGCUCAAGCUCAAAAGCUGUUCCUGCCUCCUGUGCUGAGUGCCAUCCCUUCUCCCAAGCCCUAUGAGAGUAGCGCCCUGAUGAGAUGCCAGACAAAACUGCAUUCCCAGAGGUCAUCCUCUCAGUUCCUCUUCUCCUUCUACAAGGAGGACUGUACCUUGCAGAACAGGGGUCUCCAUCCUGUGCUCCAUACCCCAGCAUCCAGAGAAGGAGACUGUGGGAUAUACUGGUGCAAGGCUGCCCUUGAGGGUGGCAGGGUCCAAAAACAGAACCCCCAGAUGGAGACCAGGGUUGGAGCCCCAUACUCCUUUGUCCUGUUCUCAGCUCACCCUAGGCCUUGGGUCCCUGGCCUCACUGCAGGAGACAUGGUGAAGCUUCUUUGUGAGGCCCAGAGGAGCUCCCCUCCCAUCCUGUACUCAUUUUUCCUUGAUGGUGAUAUCCUGGGAAACUGCUUAGCCUCUCAUGGUGGAGCUGCCUCCUCCUUCUUUGUGCUGACAUCAGAGCAGGAUACUGGGAAUUACAUUUCUGAGGCUGAGAACAGGGUGCACUGA